GCUGCGGUGGAUGCCACUUUUGCCCAGGCGGCGGGAUCCGCCAGUCCCGGGCCGGGAGCCGGCCGCUGCCAGGUGCGUGCGGCCGUGAGCAUGCCCGCCUCGGCUCCGCCGCCCUGCCACCCACCUGCCGGGGAGCGGCCAGCCCAGCCGUAAGGAGGGGCAGCCCUGCCUGCCGCCGGAGCCCUGCCCUCCCAGCCCCCGAUGACCUGAUCUCGCCUCCUCUCUGUGUUCCCGAGGGGGCCGGCGUGAGAGAGCCGGGCUCAGCCCGCCCCAGGCUGCCCUGCUACUUGCCCAGGUGACCAGCUGGGAUCCCCGGACUUGCCCGCAGCCUUCCCGGGAGGGCUCCUCGCCCGCCCGCCGCCCGGGCUCCGGAGCAUCUGUUGCUGACUGAACAGCCUGGCCCCGAUGGAUGCAGCCGCCCUCGCCAGCCCCCGCCCGCCAUGCCCUUCUGGCUGAGCCCCCCGGCACUGGGGCCGUUCCUUACGGGGGAGCUCCGCGCCCGUGCCUGCCUCGGGAGCCCCCAUCGCGCAGCCCCCCAUCUGAGCUCUCGCGUUACACUGCUGCUGGCUGCCAUGGGGCUGGGGCCAGCUGCCUCCUAGGUGCCGGCGCUCGGCUUCGGACUGCUGUGCAUCCUCUCCCCGCUGCCGGGGCCUCUUCUCCCCUCCCCGCUGCACUCCAGGGUCGGCCCCGGGGGCUGCCGUCCUCCCCCGCCCCCUGCCUCUGCCGUGAGCGCUCGUCCUGGUCCGCUCCCCGCCGUCUCUCCCUCUCCCCGGCCGUGCGGAAACCUGCCGUGACUCCGCGGGGGAGGCGGAGCGGGGGGAACAUGGAAGAGAAGCGGCAGGCGCAUCAGGUUGAAAUCGACCCGGAUUUUGAACCCCAGAGCCGGCCCCGUUCCUGCACCUGGCCGCUGCCUCACCCCGACUUCCCCGGGGAGGAGGAGGACGGAGGCGCGGCGGCAGCCGGUGGCUCCCGAGCCCCCGCGGCCGGCGGAGCGGCAGAGGGCUCGGAGAACACGGGAGCCGUGGCGGAUCGCAAAGCCGCUUCGGCGCUGCCUUCGCUGGGGGCGGAUGUUGGACAGCUCCGCAAGGCGAAGAACUCGCGGCGCAAUGCCUGGGGCAACCUGUCCUACGCGGAUCUCAUCACCAAGGCCAUCGAGAGCUCCCCGGAGAAGCGGCUCACCUUGUCCCAGAUCUACGACUGGAUGGUCAGAUACGUCCCCUACUUUAAGGAUAAAGGAGACAGCAACAGCUCUGCCGGCUGGAAGAACUCGAUUCGGCACAACCUGUCCCUGCACACCCGCUUCAUCCGCGUGCAGAACGAGGGCACCGGCAAGAGCUCCUGGUGGAUGCUGAACCCCGAGGGCGGCAAGACGGGCAAGCCGCCGCGGCGGCGCUCAGUGUCCAUGGACAACAACAGCAAGUUCCUGCGCAUCAAAGGGAAAGCCAGCAAGAAGAAGCAGCUGCAAGCGACUCAGGAGCGUGGGGAGCAGAGCCCGUCCUCUCAGCAGGCCAAGUGGUCUGAGAGCCCUGCCUCCCACGCCAGCGAUGAGUAUGACGCCUGGGCCGACUUCCGGACACGGGCCAACUCCUCGGCCAGCUCGCUGGGCGGGCGCCUCUCCCCAAUCAUGUCCAGCCACGAGCCGGACGAGCUGGAAGAGGAUGACGGCACCCCGUCCUCCCCGCUGAUGUACCCCAGCCCCUCCAGCACCAUGUCUCCCUCCCUAAGCAGCAGGUGCUCCGUGGAGCUGCCCCGACUGACCGACCUGACCGGCACCAUCAGCCUGAACGAAGGGCUUGGCGAGAGCCUGCUGGACGAUCUGCAGGACAACUACAACAUGAGCCCUUCGCAGCCGCUGCCCUCGGGCGGCCUCAGGCAGAGGAGCUCCAGCUUCACCUUCAACUCCAAGUGCUCGACGCUCGGGGCAGCCACCAGCACCUACUGCGGGACCAUCUACAGCCAGCCCGCCAUGAACCUGCUGCGGCGCCUGCCCAUGCAGACCAUCCAGGAGAACAAGCAAGCUACCUUCUCCCCCGCCGGCUCCUACCGGAACGCCUCGCUGCAGGACCUGCUCUCCUCCAUCUCCUACGCACACAAGGAGAGCAUGGCUCAGGGCGAGCUGCCCAUGGCCCAGGCCAGCGUCCUGGCACCGGCCCGCAGCCACAGACAGAGCGCCCUCGUGUGCGGAGGCGGGGAGCUGGGCUUGUCCUCUUACCCCGCCCACUCGGCCUCCCUCAUGAAGAGCAACACUUUGUAUCACCCAUCACCAGCCAGCCACCACCCUGCUGUCAGCAACAGUGCCUUACCCACUCCUAUCAGCCUUAUGAGCUUGCCUAGUGACUCCUGCAGCCUGGCAGCCAUGCCCCACCACGGGCACCUCCAUCCCUACGUCAAUACCCAAGGGGCACACAUGAGCUUGCUGGAUUCCCUCCAGGGCCCUUACCCAGGGGCGAUCCACCCCCCUGUUUUGGGCCAGGACAGGUUCCCAGCAGACCUUGACCUGGACAUGUUCAACGGCAGCUUGGAGUGCGACGUGGAGUCCAUUAUCCUCAAUGACUUUAUGGACAGCGACGAGAUGGACUUCAACUUCGACUCGGCCCUGCCCCCGCAGAACGGCCUCAGCAUGGGCACGCUGCCCAGCGCCCCCCAGCCCCCCAACCAGAGCUGGGUGCCUGGCUGAGACGAAGCCAGACGCUCCCCACCAAGGAGUCACAUGGGGAACAAUGACACAGACUUUUUUUUUCUUUCUCUUCUGCCUUUAUUUGUUCUGAUGGGCUAGAGCCAUCUGUUACACCUGAGAGCCACCCUGAGCACAAGCGGCAGGGUGACCGAGCCGUCCGGGCGCAGGACACAGCCCCGCCAGGCAGUGCAGACCUGGGGUUCACCCGCCCCGACGUGUGCACCAGACUGGCUAGCUCAGGCUGUGCGGGGGAGCCCCAGGCCCACGCCAGUUCUCCCCCUAGCACAUCGGGUGUGGGCGCAAAGGCAGCCUGGAGCCCGUCAGGCCCUGUCCCUCCUCCGCCCUUAGCGGGGUUCCCAGGUGAGGCAGUGCAGAGGCUGGGCCCAAGGCAUUCGCAUUGGUCAGAAUAAGCUUUCCAAAUGGCCCCACCUUUUGUGCUCCUUUGGUUUGGUUCUCCUGGCUAGCUACAGGGGGUGGCAGCCUUGGAGCAGAGGCCCUUGGUUUCCAGGGCAGCUGCAGCCAUCAGGAGCGGUUGGCUGGCUCCCCCCAGCAGUCAGCGUUAGCAUCAGCCUGCAGCCCCUUCCACCCACUCACCCGGCAGCAAACCGGUGGAUUUCCAUGUACUGUGUAAGCCUGUUCUAGAACCUGAUAUAACCCGGGGUAGCUGGAGAGCCAGGGAAAGCCUCUGAACUCUGGAGCUAGCAGCUGGGGCCGCCUGCUGGCAGCACCCACGCGCACGGGGCUCUCUCCAGAGUUUACUUCUGGAUUCUGAGCCAGUUUGAUCUCAGCCAACUUUGGGGAUGGCCACGUUUUCAAUCAUCAGUGCCUGCAAAAAUCCCAACCCACCGACGACUGGCAGCUGUCUGGGUACAACAUGCACUGUGCCAUGCACAGUCGGUGCGUGCGUGGGCAGGGGCACAGGCGUGCAUGCCCUGACCUGGCUUUGCAGGUGUGUGUUUUGCAGGCCCAGGGAGAGGCAUGCUGCUAGCCUGGAUCCCUGCUGGAGAGGUAGGCAGGGGGAAGUUGAAGGGGGGGGGAGUUAUUUAUUUGAUUUUAUGCACUCUCUUGCCAUUGAAUAAUCACCUUGUUAGAAGAGCAAACGGGCGAGCCGUGCUGGGAGCUGGGGAGCAGUCUGCAGGCAGUGCGUGCUCGCGGGAGAUGGCAGUUAAUAUCAGGGAUAUGCGGAGGGCUGGGAGAUGAUUGCAAAACCUGGAUCUGGCUUGCGAUGCGGAACAUCCCCAGAGUUUGGGGUGCUCAGUGCCAGGGGACUGGACCUCCCCAUUGGACUUGGGGUUCAAACACCUGCUUCCCUCUGCAGAGCGCACUGUGCCCCUGCAUUUUCACGACCAGCAGACCCUUCCCUCCCCCACCCCAGGGGUCGGUAUGCAGGCUCUGGGCAGGUGCCCGGGGCUGCCAGGCAAGGGAGAGGUGCUAUUGCUGCCCACAGCAGGGAGCCACUGGGGCUAGCUGUCAGGCAGCCUGCUUUCCGAGCACUGCCCACCUGAGCUGGCCGGGCCGGGCCAGCCGUGCAGAGAGCACGGCCUUUGGGGAGGAUCCUUCCCAGUAAGUGAGAAGGGCCCAGAAGAGCCAGGAGUGGCUGGCAGCUGCAGUGCAGGCACAGCUGGGCAGUGAGCUGUGCUGGCCCCAUGCCGGGCAGGAAUCCCCACCCAUCGGCUUGUGUUCAGCAACCACCGGCCUGAGGCAGACCCAGAGCCCCAGGGCAUCUCCAAACUGCCCAGGACCUUGUAGACAGUCCCCGGCUCUCUAACAAGUCGAUCCCAAACACCGUCUGAGCCCUGGGGCUGGAGCCUUUCCUUGGGGGUCCAGCUCCUCCUUAACCAGGGCCCGGCUCCUGGCUCUGAAAUGAAGACACGUUGUUUCCGCUGCGCUUUGCUCUGGGCUCCCCGGUCGCUGGACCCUGAGCUUCUAGCAACCGGGGUGAGAACCGAGGUUUCUGUGAAGUUUGACUGGACACAGGCCUGGUGCUUCCCAGCAGGGGGGAGGGAUAUUUGCCCCCCAGAUGAUCUUCCGGGGCCCCAAAGUAUAGUCGGAGAGGCCGAACUACGGAGUGAGCAACCCAGCGCUGAGCAGUGACAAACUACUGAUGCCAGAGCCAAAUUUUACUGUCUUAAAUUCCAAGAUUCCCCAGGUCUAACCAGGCCUGGGCUCCUGGAAGGCUGGUUGUGUUUUAAACAGCAGCCUCCAGGGACCCCCCCACACACACCAAGAAAGGGACCCUAGAACUGGCCCUGGCAUAAUCCCACGGAGCUGGGAACUGGGGCUCCCUGGCUCCGUGGGGCGACGAGGGUUCUGUGGCCAGAUGGUGUAGAAAGCGCCUGGAGCCUCCCGCGUUGGCACAUGGAGCCUGUGGGUCUGUGGUCUGGAUUCAGGAGCAGCCAGCACAGGCACAGCUGAAGGGCAGCGGAGAUCCCAGCUGCUGAAUGGGAGGAGAUGGUCCCCAUCCCUACGCAAGGUGGAGCCCUGAAGGGUGCUGCCCUCCUCCGUGGGGCUGUCUCAUGCCCCUGCCCUGCAGCCCCCCUCCUUUCUCUGUGAACGGCCCAGAAGCACCAAGCACUGUGAGGCACAGAGAGAGGGGUCGGUUUGUUAAAGUCCCCAUCUCCCUCUCGCACCCCUCCAGCAAUUCUCCCAGCCCCCAGCUUCACAGCCGCUGCAGCUUCCAGGGGCCUGAUGAAGGCCAUAGGAGACCUAGCAGCUGCUCCUUGCCUGGGGCAGAGUGGGGCCCUGCGGUGGGCAUACGCCAUGUCCUCUCGCCUCACCCAACCAGGGUCCAUCAGGUACCCGGCAUGUGUCUAUGGCGGGAAAUAACAAAGGAGCCCAUUGAUGUACCACUGAUGGUGUUUGCUCCAGGUACAUAGAGGUCGUAGUCUAUUUAUAAAGACAUUAUUACCAAUUAAUUAAUUAUGUUUACAUUGUUGGAUCAUGUACAGAAUUUAAUAUAUUCUAUUCUAGAUAUUCUUUCUCAGAGGCUUUUUUAAAACUUAUGAUUUGGUUGAUAGCAUACAUUCAUCCAGUCAGUUUCAACACUCCCAUUCUGUUUUCAGACGUAUUUAAUUCAUUGCAGAAAGAAAUCGUCAGUGACAGAUGGGUAUGAAAUACCCAGCCCCCUCGCCCUGCCCUAGCCUGGGGUAGAGAGGAGGGGUGUGGCAGGGUGCUUUGCUUACCAUGGGGCUGGCGGCUGCAGGGCUGGGACCACCUAUUAGCACCAGGGGUGUUCGGGGAGCAGUGCUGCCCUGUGUGGGAGAAAGGAGGGAGCUACCUCCUUCCAAACACCUGAUCUUCCAGGCACAUCCCCAGCAGCACGAUAGAGGAUGAUGCCAUUAGGCACUGGAUGGCAUGUGCCAUUGGCAUGUGGCAUCAGAUGGGCACCCCGCCCGCCCCUCCCAGCACCAGCCACACGCUUGGGGCUUUGGAUCCGGCAUCAGUGCAUCACCCGCCUUGGCACAGGCUGGCACAGUCCUUGCCAGGCUUGGCUCUGCUGCAAAGUCUCUGCUCCUCUCAGGUGCUUUUGUUCCUGCUUUGGGAGAGCGGGGAUGGAGAGGGGAGACACGCCAUCAUCUGGCAGGGAACCCAGCCCAGGGGAGGCCUGGUUCUGUCCUGGGGGUGCUCAGUGCCCAGUCACCACUCCUGCUCUCUGCCAGUCUCAGGGACUCUCCCUGCUUUCUGCAGCCUGGGCGCCUCGACCUGCCCCUGCCCCAGCCCCCGGAGCUCAGUGCCAGCUGGGCCUUUCAGCUUACACCCCUGCCCCCAAGGAGAUGGGAGGAGGGACAGAGAUGCCUAGGGAGCCCCUUGGCCUUGCCCAGCCCUGAGUAUCUGUCGGUACUGAGAGGAAGCAGCCGGAGGCCUCAGUCAGAGAAGAGCUCCCCCCACCCCCCCGGCCUCCCCCGUGCCUGCUCCCCUCGCCCCGCCGUGUGUUUGACCUGGGAGGCCAGCCCCGGGCACGUCGUCUUGCGAAGCUGUCUGUGGUUCGUGACCGUGGGGUUGUCGUGUGUACGGUGGAGUUGUGUUGGUAAGCAUUGUGUGUGCCGUCGUUGUGCAGUGCGAGGGGUGUGGAGCUGG